CACCCUCUUCCUUCUCGUCCUCCUCCUCCUCCUAGCCCCAGCCUCCAUCCCUCCUCCACCCAUCCAUCCAACCCGUGCUCCGUGCGCCACAGCGCGGCCAUGGUGGACUCUCCCGGCGAGGCCACGACGACGACGACGAGGAAGCCCUUCUCCGUGCCGGAGAUCACACCUCUGGACCAGUGUGACUUCAGCAGGGCUAGGAUCCGAGCGAGCGUGCGGUGGCUGCUGUGCAAGUCUUACGGAUGUGCAGAGAAUGUCCCAGUGGAGUUACGGGAACCUCUCUACAAGGACAGGUAUGAACAAGAGCACCUCAAGCCAACCGUCUCCAAACUGCUCCUCUCCCCGGAGUUCUACUGCCGAGCACAGGCCUUGCUGGCCCAGGGGCAGGGUGCCACUGUGUCGGCAUCACAGGACUCCCCGGCUGACAACUCUGCACUGCUGCAGUUCCUCACAAAGAAAGGGGUUGCCCCGAAGGUCCAGAAUGUGGAUGUCACUGAGGACGACCUCUGCCAUGUCCCCAUCAAGAUGAAAGCCCACCUAGCCAUGAUCGACUCCCUGAUGUCACUGGCUGCCAGAGAGGUGGUGAGCAGGGUCAAAAUGGCGGUGGAGGCGGAGCAGAUGGGCGUCGGGGCACCGUGGGAGAACGCACUACUCUUUUGGGUCAACAGGCUGAACCAGAAGCUGAGAGAGAGUACUGAGGAAGAAGAGCCGGCCAAGUCUCAGCCGUGUACUGACCAACAGCCUUCUCAGGAAACGCAGGGCCCGUCCAACCGCUGGUACUGGAAGCUAGUCCCCCAUGCUAUCGCUUUUUGUUUGAAGGAGUCGGGGAACAAACCGCCAGUGAUCCGCUACAGGAAGGACAAAGUGCAGUCUAAAUUGACUCCCACCUUCCCGCUGGUCACUGCGGUCAAAGACCUGUCUAAUGGCUGCGCUAUAGCUGCUGUGCUGCACUACUACUGCCCUAACGUGCUGCCUCUGGAGGAUGUUUGUCUAAAGGACACCAUGUCAGUGGCUGACAGUCUUUACAACCUUCAGCUGAUUAAAGAUUUUUGUGAGAAUAGCUUGCAGAGCUGCUGCCUUCUCCUCCUGGAGGACCUUCUCUAUGCGCCACCUGUCCUGCAUCUGAAUAUCAUGAGCUUCGUAGCCGAGCUGCUGGAGUGGUUUGAAAUCAAGAAACCGGAUUUUGUUCGACCAUUACAAGCUGUCGACCUUACAGAUGUCUCAGGUUUAGUUUUCUGUACCAGUCCAGUCAGCGGGAACAGCAACAGCGGUUCUCCCUCAUUCAUCUUCAAACAACCGUUUGUGCCCAUCUGUUCUCCGUUAUCACCAGAAAACAAAAGCUGGACCAAGAAACAGAUCAGUCGUCCUCUGUCAGCAGUGACUUUCAGCAUCCCAUUUGGGCUGGACAGUGAUGUUGAUAUUGUCAUGGGCAACCCAAUAGAUUCUGUCUUUCGCUCUGUCAGCACGGACAGCCUCAGCGCCGCCAUCCCUGCAACAACGACAUGCGUUCCGUACAGCCCCAGUGAGGACCUCAGCCACCUGGUCAGCGCCUCAGCACCGUCACUGCGGUCUUCCUGGGCGCCGCUGGGAGAGCUGCCCACCAUCGAGGAGGCGCAACAGGUGGUCCCUGCUCCUGGCACCAAAGAUCGAAAGAAAGGGAGGACUGCAGAGAAAGGUGGCAAGGGAGUGUUGGCAGCAAGGCCAGAGCCCAGAUUGUGUCCAGAGGGUGCUCCUGCUGGUUUCUUCCUGCAUUCCCCAGUGGAGGACAAUCCUCAGCUCAGUAGCUCCGCCCCCUGCUGUUCGGGAGUCAUCUACCGGCCGGUCAGUGGAGAGGCUAAUGGCGGUGUGAGCAAGGAGAGGUCAUCACGAGCUACUCAUAUGUCACGUGAUGAUGAUUCUGUACUGCGAGAUGGCAGCGUAGACUCAUCGGAAGCAUCUGACGACAUCCCCAGAAAUACCCCUGGUAAUAUUCGACCCAGCAAAGGUCACCACAGCGCCAGCAGCAGCCCACGCAUGACAAGCUUCGCAGAGCGACGAGACAGCAGAAGAAGACACCCAGUAACCACUGGGGAGGACUUGGCCACUACCCCAACCACCCCGGGGACGCCACAGACACCCUGCACUCCAGGCCAGCAGGACAGCCUGGGUCCCAGAGGUCCUGAACCGGGCUCAGAGGCCUGGGAGCUAGGUGCUCGUCUGGAGGAAAAACGCAAAAGCAUCGAAGCCCAAAAGAGACGAAUUGAAGCCAUCUUUGCCAAGCACAGACAAAGGCUCGGAAAAACAGCUUUUCUUAAAAUAAAACGAGAGCAAGGAGAGGGCGGAGGAGAGGGAUUGGAGGAGGACAAUCUCACCCUGGAGGAGCGCCUCACUCAAAUGGAGGAGCAGCUGAAAAAGGAGGAAGACAAGGAAAAGACAGAGAAUAAAGCAGACAAGGAGAAAGCCAAGCCAUCUGUCUCAAACCCACCUCGGCUAGAGAAGCAGGUCACAUUCUCAAUUGAUAGCAAGAAAGGUCAAGAGAAAGAGAAAGGAGGAGAGGCCAUCCUUGUGGAGUAUAAUGAAGUAGUUCAGAAACUGAGUGAAGCUUUGCAGUCCCUCCAGAUGGACAUGCAGAAGCUAACUGAACAGCAGCAGCAACUUCUGGGCAACCAAAGACCCAGAAACUCGUACAAAGCCACUCCAAAGUCAAAACCUAAAAGUAACUCCAAGGCACCGACCAAGAACCCUCCCCACACCCCCACAAAGACACCCCCAAGAACACCCACCAAAAGUCCUAGCAUGGGCACCAGCAAAGCCUGGAUGAUACCCACUGGUCCCAAUCCUUCCUCUGUCUCCUCACCAUCCCGCCGGACUCACGCUCUUUCUGCAUCAACGUCACCAAAAACAGUUAUCUCCUCCUCCCUUCCUGCCCCCCGUACCAGGAUCCACACCUCGUCCACGCCACGCAGUCCCAAACAUCAAUCACGACCCCAACCUCACCCACGACCCUCAGAGCUCAAGUUCCCCCCUCUUAAUCGUGUCUUGACGCCCACUCACAAUGUGGACACCCUCCCCCAUCUGCGAAGAGUGUCACCCAGCAAGUGUCAAGUGCAGACCUCGUCGUCAUUCCGCAUUGGCGGGCCUCGAACGCCUCAGGAGUCCCCCCGGCCUGUGCCACCACCUGAUGAGAGCACCUCAGACACCGGAUCCAGUGAGACACCCACCCAGUUCAGCCUGGAACUCGAGCAGGAGGAUAUUGAGGCGACCGAAGCACAGGGGGCCUUGGCAGUGCCCAUACCUCAUCACCCAAGGGUUGGCAGCAGCUCUGGACCUCCCUCUGAAUGCUCUUUUGAGAGCGAAACAUUAUCCAUUUCUGCUGCGUACGCCACAGGAAGAGAUGGAGGCAGGGCCGGAGGUGCAGGGAUUGAGAUGUCACUCUCCUCCCUCGGAGGACCACCGGGGGGCAGCGAUGAGCAAACAGAUGAGGGGCAGGACUUUUCUUCUGAUUCCAUGAGUGACCAGGUAGAAUGUGCUGCAGAGCCUGCCAUUGUCCUUGCUUCAGAUGCCACAGAACAGCUGGAUUCGGCCACAGAAGCUGGGAACUCUUCAGACCAACAAACUGAAUCCAGUGAAGACCAGGCAAAAGUGUUCACUGUGGAACAACCUGGAGAAAACGAGCUUGGAGCUAAAGGAGGCAUAGGAUUCUUCUUUAAGGAGGAUGUGCAAAACGAAGGAGAGAUGGCUCAACGCAAAGCUCUCCUUCUAGAGAGGCAGCAGAAGAGAGCAGAGGAGCUGAAGAGGAAGAGACAGUGCCAAGAACAAGAACGGGAAAAAAGACCCCCAUCUUCUGACAAGACUGCAGCCUCCCCUUCCCAUACACCUCCUGUCGGAACCAUCUCGCCUUCCCCAACCCCUCCGGCGACUCCAGCUCGCCGUGGAGAUUUCACACGUGCCGAGUAUGCACGCCGCCAACAGCUGAGGCUUAUGGACAACCUGGACAAGGUUCUACAGCAGAAACCCACCAGUCAAGGUCGAUCCCCUGUCAGGAAGACACGAGCGCGUCCUCGCAGUGUGACUAGAGAGGAGACACAGUUGUCUCUGAGCCCUGCCAAGAGAGCGACCGCCUCCAAGAUGACUAAGUCGCACUCGUCACUCAACCUGGCAGCUACAGAUGGAAACAAUGACGGCGACAAGAAAGUCCAUAGGGUCACGUCAUCUGGCAGCCGACCUGAUUCACCUUCUGGAUGUGUGACGCCGAGUCGGUUGGCCAAGCAGGAUGGAGACUGUGAAACUGGUUCCAAUGGAACCUCGCCUGCCCUGGAAUACACUGGUCCAAAGCUCUUCAAAGAACCAAGCUUCAAGUCCAACAAGUUUAUCAUUCACAAUGCUCUGUCUCGCUGUUGCCUGGCUGGGAAGGUCAACGAGAGCCAAAAGAACAAGAUAGUGGAGGAGAUGGAGAAGAGCCCUGCCAACCACUUCCUCAUCCUCUUGCGUGACUCCAGCUGCCAGUUCAGAGGUGUCUACACCACCAACCCCGACUCCCAGGAGCUUGUGCGAUUGGCUGGAGUGGGACCCAGGACAAUAAGCUCCGCCCAGGUAGAGUCCAUGUACAAGUACAGCUCGGAUCGAAAGCAGUUCAGCGCCAUCCCCUCUAAGACCAUGGGCAUGAGUGUGGAUGCCUUCACAAUCCCUGGCCACCUGUGGCACGGGGGAGGGGCAGCGGGCGGAGGCGGAGGCGCAGGUGGGGGCAGCAGGAGGACAAGCCUCACCAAGAAGGCGCUCGUUUCCAAGUGAUGGAAUUUGCAUAAAGUUGUUGUUUAGCCGGGAUUUAAGCCCGCCUUAUCCCUUCUUCUUCCAUGGAUUAUCGGAGCAAGAACUUAAUUGAUUUCACAGGAUGUCCUACACAAGUUCAUUAAGUUCAUUCUCUUACAACUUUUUUUAACCCACCCAUCAUCAACCUUCAGGGGUUGUCAGAGCAAGAUCCCCAUUUUGAGAGAAACAAUGACGGCUGAGGCAGGUGAGGUCAAAAACGGCACGUAAUUCCCCGCCCCCCCACACCUCAAGAGCCCUAUUGAUUUUGAUUGGUGCCUGACAGUUGAGGUAACAUUUUCAACUGCACCCAAGAUCACUGAGAAGCAAAGAUUAGGUCAGCUGGACGGAUGCUGAUAUUCCUUGACUGAGCUUCAAACUCUGAGGUAGUUUAAACUCAAGGUGAGAACUAUUGAUUUCACUUGGCGUCCGCACAGAUAACUCCUUCAAACCUUUAGUAUUUGCUUAUGUCGGAUCAGGAAUGGUAAUAAAUAAGGUUGUCAUUGAUGUGCAUGAAAAUGUCAGCAUCUUUUUCAUUUCCUAUACAGUCAUAAAACUUCAGUCAAAAUGCUCAUAGUCCAGCAACAUGAUAAGUGCACCCACUGGUUCCACAGUUCCUUCAGUAGAAUGUCACUUUUAUACACGCUUACAAGCUGUCAGGACGUAAAUUUUGUAAAGCAUCCUAUUGCGAAUGAUGUGUCAUAAUGAUGCAGAUUGUCACUGAAUGAUUUACUGCGUGUGAGAACCAAUAUGUAGUUUCCUGGUUGCGAAAUGAUCCUUUUUUUUACUGUACACUAUGAUAACUGAAGGUUACUAAUUGAGGAUGUCUAUCAUGGUGCUCUAUUUAAGAGUGCAUGCGAAUAAAGAUGGUGCUUUAAAAACCAACAUUCAUGUGUGGAAACAGCUACUGUAUGAUCAAGUUGCAAAAAAAAACAAAAAAAGACUCGUGGGAAGGGCGUAAGAUAAGCGAAAACACUGAGGUAAGUUUACUGUAAUGACGUAAUUUCCAGGGGGGUGGGAUCGUACACUAUAUAGCGAUCUAAUUUAUCUUAUUAUUAUUAUGUAUUGUGUAAAACUAAGACAUGAAUAACAUGAAAAAAUUAAAAGCACAAAAUGAAUGCCGACCCAUCAUCUACCAGUUCAAACCUAGAGUUUUUCCAGAGAAAACGUGUGGUACAAGGCAGUGUGCUAGCAUGAAUUAACAUGAGACAAAUGUGCGCAUUAGCACUCAAUAAGUCAUCAAAACUUACCUUCAUGCAUUCCCACAUAGUAUCAGCAUUUGACACCAAAUAUGUGGUGAAAGAAAAAAGGUAAAA